AACUACAGGAAUCAAUAGUCUUUUGAAACGUAACUAAGCGCACUCUUAAGGUCCACUCUAACAUAACAUACUUUACUAACCAUUCCCAGUUUGUUAUAAACAAAAAAGGUCAUCUCUAUUUAAAAGCUUUAAAUGUGAGCUUUUCUUGUGGUUUAUUUCAUAAGUAAACAAAUAAAAACGUUUCCCACAACGAAAUCGUACUUCAUUAUAAUUUAAUCACAUUCGUCAAUCGGAAGUAAAAAUUCAAACUAACAUGAGUAAAAACUCGAAUGUUUUGACCAUUGGAACUGAGAGCACUGAAGUUUCAAAAGAACCAGCGAAUCCAACGAUUCCUAAACAGUUUUGUGGGACGGAUUUUGAAAAGCACUUGCAGAAAAUUCUACUUAAUGGCGCUAAACCAUUGACCAAUGUUUAUAAUGAACAAUCAGUUGGAUCAUUUUCGGCGAAGGAAAUUAAGAAAAACGGAUACUACUACGAGUUCGGUCCGAGAGAUAAGAUCAAUGGUUGGAUGUGUAGCGGUCCCACUUUUGAACCCAAGGGUAUUCUACGCCGACUUAAGAAUGUAAUCAGCAAGGAGCACUGGAUAUCUGAUAAUGUGGCUAAGUAUUCAAAGGAUUCAAGAGGGUUUAUAACCGAAACUACAUUCAAAGCUUUGGACGAGGAAACAUCAGAUAUUUACUCGUAUUUGUGUUAUCUAAAUGAAAAUUCCAAGAGGAGGUGAACUUUAUAACAUACAUAUAUCAUUUGCCAUUCACCCUUCCUUAUAAACAAAACAAGCGCCAUCACUAACUCAGAGCUUUUGGGGGAACUUUCCCACGAAAUGAUUUCAUUAGUAAAUAAAUAAAAGAACUGCUCUCAAC